GGGAAUGCCGCGCGGCUACUCCGAGGCCCGCCUGAAAGCAGCAGACCGAGCAGCUGCCGACUGUGCUCGGACCCAAACCCGGGACCUGCACGGUCCAACCCGCCACCGCCGUCAUGUACGAUCCCGAGCGCGGCUGGAGCCUGUCCUUCGCCGGCUGCGGCUUCCUGGGCUUCUACCACGUCGGGGCGACCCACUGCCUGAGCGAGCGCGCCCCGCACCUCCUCCGCGACGCCCGCAUGUUCUUCGGCUGCUCCGCCGGGGCGCUGCACUGUGUCUCCUUCCUCUCCGGGAUCCCGCUAGACCAGAUUCUGCAGAUCCUCAUGGACCUCGCCCGGAAGGCCAGGAGGCGGAACAUCGGCAUCCUCCACCCUUCCUUCAAUAUGAACCAGUUCCUCCGUGAUGGUCUCCACGAAAACCUCCCAGCCAACGUCCAUCAGCUCAUCUCUGGCAAAAUAGGCAUCUCGCUUACCAGAGUGUCUGAUGGGAAGAACGUGCUGGUGUCUGAUUUUCACUCCAAAGAUGAAGUUGUGGAUGCCCUGCUGUGUUCCUGCUUCAUCCCUUUCUACUGCGGCUUGAUCCCGCCUUCCUUCAGAGGUGUGCGGUACGUGGAUGGAGGAGUGAGUGACAACAUCCCCUUCUUCGACACCAGAACGACCAUCACCGUGUCCCCCUUCUAUGGGGAGCACGACAUCUGCCCCAAAGUCAAGUCCACGAACUUCCUCCACGUGAACGUCACCAAGCUCAGCCUGCGCCUCUGCUCGGGGAACGCCUACCUUCUGUGUAGGGCCCUGUUCCCCCCAGAUCUCAAGGUUCUCGGAGAGAUAUGCCUUCGAGGAUACUUGGAUGCCUUCCGGUUCUUGGAAGAGAACGGCAUCUGUAACAGGCCCCAGCCAUGUCUGAAUUUGUCCCCGGCUGAGGUGACCUCGGAGGUCGUGGCACCCUGCUGUGAAAGCAGGAGCCCGGAGUCCAUCCAGGAGCCAGCGGCUCUGGCCAUGGGGCCUGUGGGAGGCGAGCUACUGGACCACCUGCGCCUCAGCAUCCGGCCCUGGGAUGAACGCGUCCUGGAGACCCUCUCGCCCAGGCUGGCUGACGCCCUGAACAAAGCCAUUAAAGACAGAGGCGGGUACAUGAGCAGGGUGUGCGACCUGUGGCCCGUCCGGAUCAUGUCCUACAUGAUGUUGCCCUGCACCCUGCCCGUGGAGUCUGCCAUCGCCGCUGUCUGUGGCUUUGUGACUUCCUCAGGGCUUGUGGGGAGGUUAAACGAGGUCAGAGGUGGAGGGAAGGCCCUUGCCCGGGCCUGGCUGACAGGCUCUCAGCGGCACCCUGAAAGUUGGGCUGUCCUUACCGCCAUGUGCCCCUUGCUCGCGCGUGCCUCGUGCUCACCGCGGGCCUGGUCUCGCUCCCGCAGACUGGUGAUGUGGCUCCCGGAUAUCCCUGAGGACCUCCAGUGGCUGCAGUGGGCAACCUCCCGAGUGCUCACCCGCAUGAUGCCGUGCCUGUUCUCCUCCUCCAGGCAGCUGAGUCAGUCAGAGGCCCCUGUGCAGCUGCUGAAAUCUGCGACCCUGACCUCCCUGCACAGGGACAGGGACAAGGCCACUCCGUGGUCCAUCUUCAAGACCAGCUUGUGCUCCUGCUCAGGCAGCAAAAUACCUGCUGGUGGGCUGGCACUCCGCCUUCCUGCCUUGCCCGCGAAGAACAGUUCCUGAGUCAUGUUGGAGGCAAGUGUAGGAAACUCUUCCGUGUGUUAGGCCUUUCUGAACUUUGCAGCUACUUCUGCACUGUCUGUGACUGCACGCCCGCAUGUGCGGACCCUGCUUUGUGCCGAUGGUGUGCUCACCACAGCCUGUGCGAUGAAUUGGCCCCCGUGAGGAGCUAGGACACCACGUCGAGUGUCCAUGGAAAUCGGCCAAGGAGUCCACCACCGUGUCUUAUCCCGGCUGUUAGGGAAGCGGCCCCAGGAAGGCAGCCUGGCCUGCAAGCUCAUCACGGACUGCCUCCCAGCUUGUGAAUGGCUAGACUGCCCUUUGUGAGGCUCCUACCGUGGCAAAUGUCUGGGCCGGUGGACACCCCAUGGCUGGGGACUGGACUGGCCUUUGGGGGGCGUUGGGGGUUGGAAGGAGGAAUAGCACCAUCCCAUCUCUGGACAGGAAGCCAUCUGUGUGGUAGGAAGAGGGUGCAGUCCCUCCCCCAGAAGGGUUCGGCCUGCUACCAGCCAGGUGGCAUUAAAAGAUGGUAACUUCCUAGGCUGGCCCCGUAACCUAGUGGUUAAGGGAGCCAGGUCCCACAUGGCCUCGUUCAAAUCCCACCCCAGUGGGGCCUGAGAAACACAGCAGGUACUUAUGCAGGGUGGGGAGAUGGAGGAGGCACAGCAUGACCACGCCCCGUGGGGAGGUGCUCACUCUCAUCUCCAUCUCUGGUGAGAGCAUAUGCCCUCUGGCGAUUAAAGAUAUUGAAAAAAUGAUAAUAACUUGUUUACACUUUAUAAGGAUUUUGCAUGAAAAUGUAAGGGAACUUCAUUAUCUGUUGAAUUGUGUAUUAUGUGCAUCAGUGACUUGUUAAUGAAAUAAGCCUUAAAAGAAUUCUAAGGUGCUGGGCAGGCAUCUCAGCCCCACCCCCACGCCUCCUGGGCAGGAGCCUCCUCCCCUGGAGCCCUUGGCCUGGACUGGGCCUGGACUUGGCCACCUGUCUGCAGCUUCUGUGUGUGUCCUUGCUGUCUCUGCACCUUCCUCUUCCACCACCCGUCCUCCGCUGUCCUGCUCCCAGCCUUGAUGGGGACCAGCGCUUCAGUCCCUGCCUUUCCCCAGCGCAGGGGCCCUUAGCCAGCUCAGUGUAAUAGGACUGAAGGUGAGAAGUGUGUUUGAAAGAGAAGAAAGGAUGCUAUGCUUGACUCCUUAACAAAGCCAGCGGAGUGACAGCUCUCCCUACAGCUGGAAGUGCCCCAGAGUCACGGAGAGCUGGUGGGGACAGAGCACCUACAGGAAGAGACACACCCUGGAAGGAAAAAGCCGGCUAGGGCAAGACCGUGGGCCCUUCUCUCGAUGAGCCAUGGGCUCCUCGAAGGCAGAGGCUCCUCGGGAAAACAGUCGCUACCUGGUGUGUGGACUGUCCUCCUGUCCCUUCAGGGCAGGAGUUCAGAUCCGAUCCGCUUCUUCUGGGGGCUGGGUGAGCCCCAGGCCUCUGCUUCUGGAAGUGCUCACUCCCUGAGUGAGGCCAGCGUGAGGAGCUGUGGGCUCUUCCUUCCCCACUCCCACCUGGGGUGCCAGAACCAGGUGCUGUCCACCACCCCCGUCCACCGCAGAGCUGGAGUCUGUGGGCGAGGUGACAUUGACACCACCUGGACUCCUUGUCACAUGUCCUCAGACCUCCCCGAGCUUCCCAGUGGACUUCCUCCUAUUAGAACCACAUCCAAGAACCAGCCCUUGGUGUGAUGGGUGAGGGUGGCUGGAUCUCAUGUCCAGUUGAAUAGUUUGAAUCCCGGACCCAGCGGCUUAAGAAACCUGCUGGGUGUGUUUGCAUGUGUGCCCAAAGUCUCAAAAGGAGGGAAAAAUGGAGACGGGACUGGGGUGUGACUGUGCUGUCAGGGUGGGGGAUACUUUCUGUUUUCUUCUCUUUCUCUCAGAGCACAUGCCCUCUGGGGGUUGAAAAAUCUCAGGUGAGCACACAUGCCCUCUGACAAAACUUAAAAGAAGAAGAAGAACCACCUGCUAGGUCACGCAGCUAGGACCAGGCUUAUUGGUAUUGUGCAGUCGGGCAGGUGUGUUCACUGGUUUUGUGACAGUUCCCAGGAAAGAUGUGUUAAGUGGCUGCUAGGAUUACGGGUCACUUACUUUCUUUCUGCCUUUUAAAAUUAUUCAGCCUUCUUCAAGUGAACCUAUGUUUUACAACCAUUACAAAUGGGCACUAAGAUAAGGACGGGAAGGAAGUGCAAUACUCAGAAAUAAACGGCCUAGGCCUCUCAUCCACCUGGCCUUAAAUGCUGCCCACCCACCCCACUGCUCUGCGGGGCCCAGAGGCGCAAGCCCCAGGCCCUCUCCUCUGGUUCCACCUCUGAAG